AUGUCACUGGAGUUUGGACAUCUCCUGGGAUGUGCGGAGUCCAGCCUCUCCCCUAGACCGCUGCAGGGGACAGCCCUGGAGGAGGCCUCCUGGCCAGCGCCCCGCAAGCCCGCGUUUCUCUGGGCAGGAGCCCUGGUCCCACGACUACCCACCCGCCUUCUUGCCCCGAACCAUCCCAGGAGCUGCAGAUCUGUGCCUCCUGGGAAGAUGCAUCUGCCCCUGGUACUGCUGGCCACAGUGGGCACCUGUCUGGGCCUGCUGAUGGCAGCUGCCACAGGCACUCACCCUGCCCAAUGGGACACUCCCAGCAGGCUACCCACCCUCCAGCGCCAGAAGAGACACUGGAUUUGGAACCAGAUGCACAUUCAGGAAGAGAAAAACAGCUCACUGCCCCACCACGUGGGCAAGAUCAUAUCGAGCGAGAACCGCAAGAACACCAAAUAUGUGCUGAGAGGAGAGGCGGCCGACAAGAUCUUCAGGGUCAACGAGGUCACGGGGGACGUGUUCGCCUUUGAGAGGCUGGACCGGGAGAAGACCUCCCAGUACCAUCUCACCGCCCUCAUCGUGGACAAGAACACCAACAAGGAGCUGGAGCCCCCGUCCAACUUCGUCAUCAAAGUGUACGACGUGAACGACAACUGGCCGGUGUUCACGCACCAGUUUUACAACGCGUCCGUGACCGAGAUGUCAGCGGCAGGGACCUCCGUCUUCCAGCUGACCGCGGUGGAUGCAGAUGACCCCACCGUGGCAGAGCACACCACCGUCAUGUACCACAUCCUGAAAGGAGACGAAUAUUUUGGCAUUUCUGACUCUGGUCUCAUCUUCACAAAAGUCAGCACCCUGGACCGGGAGGCACAGGCCCGGUACGAGAUCGUGGUGGAGGCCCAGGACGCCCAGGGCCUCCGCGGGGACUCGGGCACGACCACCGUGCUGAUCAAGCUGGAGGACAUCAACGACAACUUCCCCAUCUUCACCCAGACCGACUACCUCUUUACGGUGCCCGAGGACAUCCGUGUGGGCAGCCCGCUGGGCUCUCUGUUCGUUGAGGACCCAGACGAACCCCAGAACCGGAUGACCAAGUACAGCAUCGUGCAGGGCGAGUUCAGAGACACCUUCACCAUCCAGACGGACCCCGCCCACAACGAGGGCAUCAUCAAGCCCACCAAGCCCCUGGACUACGAGCGCAUCCAGCAAUACGCCUUCACCAUCGAGGCCACCGACCCGACCAUCAACCUCCGCUACCCAAGCAGCGUCUCCCCCAAAAGCAAGGCCCGCGUCACCAUCCGGGUCACGGACGUGGACGAGCCGCCCGUCUUCCAGCAGCCCUUCUACCACUUCCAGCUGCAGGAGAACCUGAAGAAGCCGCUCAUCGGCUCGGUGAUGGCCACGGACCCCGACGCCGCGCGGAGGACCAUCGGAUACUUCAUCCGCAGGACCAGCGACAAGGGCCACUUCUUCCAAGUAAACAAGCAGGGGAAUAUUUACAAUGAGAAAGAAGUGGACAGAGAAGUCACCCCUUGGUACAACCUGACUGUGGAGGCCAAGGAACUGGAUUCCAGAGGGAAGCCCACGGGCAAAGAAUCCAUUGUGCAGGUCCACAUUGAAGUUCUGGAUGUGAACGACAACCCCCCAAAGUUUGCCAAGCCCUACGAGCCCACAGUGUGUGAGAAUGCUGAGAAGGGCACGCUGGUGGUGCAAAUCUUUGCCAUAGACGAGGACAUAACGCCAAAAGAUGUGAAGUUCAAAUUCUCCCUGAACACCAAGGACAGCAACUUCACCCUCACGGAUAAUCACGAUAACACGGCCAACGUCACGGUCAAGUACGGGCCGUUUGACCGGGAGCACACCAAGGUCCACCACCUGCCGGUGCUCAUCUCGGACAACGGGAGGCCCAGCCUCACGGGCACCAGCACGCUGACCGUGACCGUGUGCAAGUGCAACGAGUAUGGCGAGGCUACCUUCUGUAACGAGAAACUCUACCAGGGGUACAACAUCAUCCCGGUGCUGGUGGCCAUCUUCCUGUGCAUCCUCACCAUCACAGUGAUCACCGUGCUCCUCUUCCUGCGGCGGCGGCUCCGGCAGCAGGGCCGCGCCCACGGCAAGAGCGUGCCCGAGAUCCACGAGCAGCUGGUCUCCUACGACGAGGAGGGCGGCGGCGAGAUGGACACCACCAGCUACGACGUGUCGGUGCUCAACUCGGUGCGCCACGGCGGGGCCAAGCCCCCGCGCGCCACGCGGGACGUGCGGCCCUCGGUGUACGCCAAGGUGCAGAAGCCGCCGCGGCACCUGCCGCCGCCCCGGCCCGGCGAGCUCGGCGACAUGGCCGCGGUGAUCGAGGCCAAGAAGGACGAGGCGGACCUGGACAGCAGCGGCCUGCCCUACGACACGCUGCACCUGUUCGACUACGAGGGCGCCGAGUCCAUCGCCGAGUCGCUCAGCACCCUGGGCACCGGCUCGUCCGACUCGGACAUCGACUACGACUUCCUCAACGACUGGGGGCCCCGGUUCAAGAUGCUGGCCGAGCUGUACAGCACGGACUCCCCGGAGGAGCUGCCGUAUUAG